AUGAGGAGAGGAAAGAGUGAAGCGGCGCAAAUGGCAAGCCUAAACCUAAUGCCGACAAAAUGCUAUUAUAGGGCCGAUUUCGCACGUGCAUUUCGACGCCAACACAAGGUCUCGCGUGUGCGAAAAUUCCUCAGUGUACUGAUUGAGGAUUCAGAGAAGACAGUUCCACUGAUUGAGGAUUCAGAGAGGCAUCACAGGGAGCUUCUCGUUUGCUGGGAUCGUGGUUGCAUGAAUGAAGAGCCAAGCGAAUUUCAUCUGGCGGGUGAUAUUCUGACUGCGAAUGACAUAUCCAAACUAGGUGCAGAACUGGCAGCUCUUAAGAAUCCAGGACAACUUAAAGUCCAUUCAGGCGGGAUUGUAUGGAAGAAACAAGGAGGUGGCAAGGCUGUUGAAGUUGAUAAAUCUGAUUUGAUGGGGCUUACGUGGAUGAAGGUUCCGAGGUCUAAUCAACUUGGAGUUCGAAACAAAGAUGGCCUUCGCUAUAAAUUCACUGGUUUUCGGGAUCAGGAUGUUGCUAGUCUGUCUACAUUUUUCCAGUCUAAUUUUGGGAAAACUCCAGAGGAGAAGCAGCUCUCUGUUAGUGGAAAAAACUGGGGAGAGGUUGAUUUAAAUGGGAAUACACUCAAUUUUCUGGUGGGUGAUGACACAACUGGUGCCAAUGAGAAAGAUUCAUUAAUGGAAAUAAGGUUCCACAUCCCCAAUUCGAACACUCAAUUUGUCGGGGAUGAAAAUCACCCUUCUGCUCAGGUGUUCAAAGAGGAGAUUGUCUCUGUGGCAGAUGUUGGAGCUGGAGGUGAGGAGGCCGUUGUUACUUUUGAUGGAAUUGCCAUACUCACCCCAAGGGGACGAUAUAGCGUUGGACUUCAUCUCUCAUUUUUGCGUCUUCAAGGACAAGCUAAUGAUUUCAAAAUUAAGUACAGCAGUGUCGUUCGUGUCUUUUGGCUACCUAAGUCUAAUCAACCACAUACCUUCGCUAUUGUGACUCUUGACCCGCCAAUUAGGAAAGGUCAAACUUUGUGUCCCCAUAUUGUGAUGCAGUUUGAGACCGAUGCUGUGAUAGACACCACCUUAUCAAUGAGUGAUGAGCUUUAUAAUACCAGGUACAAGGACAAGCUCCAGCCAGAGCAUAAGGGACUGAUCCAUGAAAUCUUUAUUACAAUUUUGCGUGGUUUGUCUGGUGCUAAAGUUACGAAACCAGGGAAGUUCCGUAGCAGUCAGGAUGGUUACGCCGUGAAAUCAUCUCUUAAAGCUGAAGAUGGAGUUAUUUAUCCACUUGAAAAGAGCUUUUUCUUUUUACCCAAACCACCCACUCUCAUUCUGCAUGAGGAGAUCGACUAUGUGGAGUUUCAGAGGCAUACGGCUGGGGGUUCGAAUAUGCAUUACUUUGAUCUUCUCAUCAGGCUCAAGACCGAGCAGGAGCACCUUUUCCGAAAUAUUCAGAGAAAUGAAUACCACAAUCUCUUUACAUUUGUCAAAGAAAAAGGUCUGAAGAUUAUGAACUUGAAUUUGGGUGGCCUUCAGACAACUGAAGGAGUUGUGGCUGUUCUCCAGAGUAAUAUUGAUGACCCUGUGGAUUAUCAUAUCGAAAUAAUCAAGAAUGCAGCUAUCGACGCUGAUGAGAGAGAAUCCAAUGCUAACGACAGUGGAGAGGAGAAAGAGGGCUUUCCCGUGGAUGAGAAGAGGUCAAUCUCUGUGAUUCCGACUACUUUAGAGAGGGCUUACAAGGACGGUGUCUUACAUAGUAAUCUUGGUCUCGCGAACGGCCCGUACAAAACCCACGGUCGGGUAUUUGUACUUGAGAGCCAGAAUAUGACCAACAAUGUGGCCUCAACCUCUGCUGGAGAUGCCAUGCAAAAUUUUCGGAGUGGCGCUUCCACGUCGAAACUCAAUACAGAGGUUGUUACUAUUGAUGGGAGGGAGAGAGGGGGGGCUGGUCGAGAAUCCCGUCCCUGCUUCCUGUUCGGGAGCGACUUUUCAACCCAAACAGAGCUAUUUUUCCCGUUUUCGGGUAGAAGCCAUAGAAUGGAGAUGGACUUGAGUCAAUUCUCGUUGGUUGGUCAGUCCCUACCGACCUGGGGUAGUUGGCUGGCUUUGAUGCAAGGCGGCGAGGACGACGAGAAGGCACGCAUUUUCCUAACUGAUGGAAUAAGGUCUAUUAACUUGCUCAACAUGCACCCGACACUAGACGAGAUGUGGGUGACUCAUAAUCGGGUGAGCUUCAUUGGUAGCCCUGGGGCGGGAAGCCAUUGCGCUUGCGAAGUGCAGCUAGUUUCGGACUCGUUCUGCUAUUGCGCCAAAUUAGUUGUGUUUCUGCUUGAGGACGCCAAGGAGUCUCUCCUUGAUUAG